UUCACUUCUGCCUUCACAGGAACAUGCAGCGGCUUUUCAUCCCCGCCAUCCUUAUAAUUGCUUCUGCUCAACAGCUUUCUUGCAGGGUUCCAAGCAACAGACAGCAGCAGGGAAAGCCUGAAGGAAAAGUCACAGUUAACCUCGAGGUUCAUCAACGCAGAGAAGUAUGCCAGUGGCCCUGCAGAUGCCCACGUGCACCGACCUGUAGCCCCGGAGUAAGCCUGGUAAAAGAUGGCUGUGGAUGCUGCAAGAUGUGUGCCAAGCAGCCAGGACAGACCUGUAAUGAAGCUGAAGUCUGUGAUCCUCACAAAGGGCUAUACUGUGACUACUCGGCAGAUAAGCCCCGCUAUGAAAGAGGGGUGUGUGCAUAUAUGAUUGCUGUAGGCUGUGAGAUCAAUGGUAUGCACUAUAUUAAUGGCCAAGCCUUCCAGCCAACUCCACUGUAUAAGUGUUUGUGUGUAAAUGGUGCAAUUGGGUGUACCCCUGUAUUCAUCACAAAGUCAGCAUCUAAUGAAUGCGCCACACCAAAGCACAGAAAGAAAACUGGACAUUCACACUUCAAAUGUGUUUCAGGACAACAAAAGCAGCAGCAAUCAACAGGUUACAGACUAAUGCCUGCUUUCAGAAGCAUACCACUUGUUUUGAAGAAGAAAUGCCUAGUACAAGCAACUCCAUGGACACCUUGUUCUCGAACCUGUGGGAUAGGUAUAUCUGAUCGAGUGACCAAUGAAAACCGUAAAUGUGAAAUGAGGAAAGAGAAGAGACUGUGCUACAUUCAACCAUGCCGAGCAAAUUUUUCAACAACAGUAAAGAUUCCUAAAGGAAAAACAUGUCAGCCUACAUUUCAGCUCCCCAAAGCAGAGAAACUAGCCUUUUCUGGAUGCAAAAGCAGACAAAGGUACAAGCCAAUCUUUUGUGGAAUCUGCCUGGACAAGAGAUGCUGUAUACCCAACAAGUCUAUAAUGAUUACAGUACAGUUUGACUGCUCCAAGGAAGGCACCUUUAAAUGGAAGAUGAUGUGGAUUACAUCUUGCGUUUGUCAGAAGACGUGCCAUGACCCAAAAGAUAUGUUUUCUGAACUCAAACUUUUGUAGAUAAUAUGAAUUGCAGUAUGUGAGGAAAAGUGAUCAAAUGUCAAUAUGAACAACCAAUGAAUAUAUUGAUUUUUCAAUCAAAACAUUUUGCCCCUUUCAAAAUGUACAUUAUUGUAAAAAGAAGUGGAAUGCACUGUAUAUUCCAGUUAAACAACUACAGGGCGUUUUCUAGAUUUCAAAAGCCAGUUGCAUCUAUCAAUGCUUCAUAUACAUUCAA